UACAGUCUUUUGCAGGGCGGCAGACGGGCUGACGACGACGAUCGAUCGAGUGCUGCCCUUAUCAUCGCAAUCUUCAACGACGAUGACUCACUCCCAGCACCACCAUUAAUUUAUCACCAUCGUAACGGUAUUCGCCAUCAUCGCUACCCUAUAUUGUCGAGGUCAAUGUUGCAACGACGAGGGCGUUCGUCGCCGCCGUCGCCGAUUUCGUCUCUUACUCUCUUCGGUUUACUGUCGUCUAAUUUCGUUGCGAUUUUCGCUUUCAAUUUGGAUAUCCACGCUCCGAUAUACAAAUACGGACAUGAUGGCACAUAUUUCGGCUACACUGUCGCCGAACAUUUCAAGGGCGACGUGCCUGUAGUGCUCGUUGGAGCUCCUCGUGCCGAAUCAGGCCAAGUUGGGACGAUUCAAGCUGGCGCUUUAUUCGCCUGUCCUAUUAACACCAGAUACUCUGGCAAUGGAUCCGAAUGGUGUGAACAAGUUCGUUCUGAAUACGAGGACCAAUCAUCAUAUCUGAAGUCACCGGAUCUAACACUAACAGGACGUGAGGUUCACUAUCUUGGGAAAAAUGGAGAACUUCUCGGCGCUUCCCUAGCUUCUCAGGGCACCAGGAGAGGAGGAGCUGUUGUCUGCGCUCCACUAAUGCGAUUUCACAACACAAGUGCAUACACGCAAGGCGCAUGUUACGAGUUGAAUUCUGAUCUCACUCUGGGUGGAACUUACACCACUUGCCUCCAGAAGAAUCUUCCUAAGCUUGAUCGACACAACGAAUACGGGGCUUGUAUGGAAGGAUUCUCGGCUGCUAUUUCUGGGAACGUUAUGGUGACCGGACUGAUUGGCGCCAUGAAGUGGACAGGUGGAGUGUAUGCCCGCAAGGCGGAAGGAGGCAUUUUUGGCACGACUAUCGAAAAGUAUACCAUGGCACCUGAAGAAGGAGGAGUAAGAACGAUGCUUGCUGCCCAUGAUACCUUGGUUAUUCGGUCGACGUUGGCCGAUUUGGAUUUUGGUGGGUACGAAAAAGGAGAAAAGGCCACAAUUGUUUCUGGCGCUACGCGAUUCGGUCAACAUGGAGCUGUGGUGUUCCUUCCUUUCACUAAGGAUCGUGGUGAGCUGCUGACAUUCACGGAAGAUAAAUUCGUACUGAAUGGAACUAAAAUGGGAUCAGCGUUUGGCUACGCGAUUGAGGUUGUUGAUCUCAACAACGACGGUUUUGACGAUCUUUAUUAUUUCGCUGUCGGUGCACCGUUCGCCAAUGAAGGGAAAGGAGCUGUUUACGUGUACUUGGGAGAAAAAUCCAAAAAAGAGUUCAGAAGGACGCCUGCUCAGGUUAUCACGAGUUCCGAUCUGCCAAAUCUCCGUCGUCCAGUUAAAUCGUUCGGAUUUUCUUUGUCUGGUGGCUCUGACCUCGACGGCAACGGCUAUCCCGAUCUUGUUGUCGGAGCGGUAACUGGAGGAGUUGUUACUAUACUACGGUCAAGACCUGUGAUCAGCAUUAUGGCUACACAUAAACAGCUAGUCCAUUCAUUGAUAUUGAGAAGGGUAGAAAUUGUCCACGCGGUGCUAAAACAUGGUGAGUUUUCACUUGAUCUCGAGAUUUUUGUUGAUCACGAUCCUUCUAAAGGAGCGGAUCUAGUCGACUUCAAUUCGAACGUAUUCACUUGCAACUUAGAGGUGAUUCCCGUGAAACAAGGUGUUCCACUAAGAGGAUUUAUAGCAAGUUCUGCUUCAACAAAUCAUAGCUGGCCAUGUGGUCGUGAUGCUCAUCGUAGACGACAGAAGUAUAUCGAGACUAUUUACAUACCCGAAAAUGAUAACGCUGCGAAGGACUGGAUAAACCCCCUCAAGUUCCGCUUUACUGUGAGAAUAAUGAAUGAACGAAAACCAUUCCAUCCGGCUGAAGGCCGUCCCAUCGUUGAUCUCAAGCAGUACCCGAUUCUUAAUAAAUAUGGUGCCAGUUACGAGUUCCAGAUACCCUUCAAUACGAGAUGUGGUGAAGAUCAAGUAUGUCAGACUGACCUUGUACUCGAAGCGGUGUUCGUUGGCAUACCAAAAACUGAAAAAGGAUAUGUGUCGAAUGUGGGCGACAAGGAUUAUCUCGACAUUACAUUCACGGUAGAAAAUCGUAAAGAGAAGGCAUAUCAAGCAGCACUCUACCUUACGUACGAUCCAGAAGAACUUGAACUUCCCAUGGUUGUUGGAGGAGCUAAACUUGGGUGGGAAACAAUUGGCAAAAAUGUUGUUGUAGUCCACCUUGGCAAUCCAAUGGACUCCAAUGUGAAGCAUUCGUUUGAUCUUCGCUUCAAGCUGAUGCGCGGAAGAACCGAAGGGAUCGGUCGACCGCUUCAGUUUUCUGCUAUUGUUAAUUCCACGUCGAAAGAAACAAAUCCAGGAGAUAACGAGUGGAAAUCAGACCUCCAGAUAAUUAAAAGGGCAGAAAUGGAACUCGUAGGAACUAGCGAUCCUCCGCUCGUUCGAUUUGGUGGCGAAAUUAAAGACGAAUCUUCAAUGGACUUAGAAGAAGACAUUGGUGUUAUGGUCCGUCAUAACUACACUUUGCACAAUAAAGGACCUUGGACUGUUCGCAAUGUUUACGCCAAGUUUGAAUGGCCUUACCAAGUCGAAUCGCCUCGUCAGAAAGGAAAAUGGGCUCUUUACCUUCUUGAUGUGCCUACUGUAACAAUAUACAACACUGAUGGUACCGUAGACAUCCGAAGGUGUUCUGUUGAACGCAAACUUGACCAUGUGAAUCCACUGGACCAUAUCAAACUCAAUACUAAGUACACUACACAGGAAACAACACAUGCUCCACCUAUAACGCGACGUGUUAAGCGGAACACAGAGCAUGCCACAGUUGCGGAAGCUGGUUUUUUGCGUUCACGAAUAGAGCCUCAUAAACGCAAGGAAAAUGGUGUCGAUGUUUCCGUUGUCACUAUCGGAUGCGCAGAGAAGACAGCUAAAUGCUUUACGGUUACGUGCCAUUUCGACUUCCUCGACGCGAACUCGGCACCCGUCAUCGAUUUCCGGGCUCGAUUAUGGAACACAACUUUCAUUGAGGACUAUUCCGACGUGGAAUAUGUAGAAAUUGCCUCAUAUGGCAGAAUUGAGCUGGACACAAACCAAGGAAUUGAAGAUGAUCCCAGUAAUAAUGCAAUUAGCGUUAAAACGCUCGCAUACCCUGACAGACCUGCUCUUGGAUCUCGUCCUGUUCCAUGGUGGAUAAUCCUAGUCAGCGCUUUAAUAGGCCUUCUUAUUCUUCUAGUUGUGGUGUUAAUAUUGUGGCGUGUGGUUUUUUCAAAAGGAAAAAGUACGAGCCCAGCCUCUAUCGUGCCGAAUUACAGCACGAACGAGAACAAUGGAGCCAAUCACAAAUGUAGGGAAUAUUUUAAUAAUCACUGCCUCUAG